GUCGUCUUUUCUUUGUUAAGGUGAAAAUGCAGAAAACAAGAAAAAAGAACGGGAAAGAAAAGAGGGUUGCCCCCGCGAAGGGGAUUUCUGCACAGAAAGGCAGUCCGGCACCGGAAAAGGGCUUAUCAUAUAAUGCUGAUAUCAAUGGAUCUAUUUGUCCAUCACCUUCUCCAGCAGUCCUGCCAAGAUCCAAUUCUCUGGCACCAAGUCCCUAUAUUGGUGUUUGUUAUGGAAGGCUUGGGAGCAACUUACCAGUGCCUAGAGAAGUUGUAGCAGCUUUCUACAAGUGGAAUAAUAUCCAAAGAAUGAGACUCUAUGAUCCAGAUUUGGAUGUUCUCCAAGCACUAAGAGGGUCCAACAUUGAGGUCAUGCUUGGCGUUUCCAACUCUGAUUUUCAAUACAUUGCUGUCAGUCAAGAUAAUGCUGAUACUUGGAUUCAGAACAAUGUUAGGGACUAUGACAGCAUCAAGUUCUGGUAUAUUGUUGUUGGAAACUUAGCUGAGCUUGAUAUCAAAGUAUCCACAGCAACUGAUACAAAAGCAAUAGGAUCAUAUUUCCCUUCAUCAAAUGGGUCUUUCAGGUCAGAAUACAAGCCAAUGCUUGAUCCUGUCAUCCACUUCUUGGUGAACAGUUCAGCCCCAUUACUUGUUAACUUGCAUCCAUAUUCAACUUACAUAACAGCUCCAAUGUCAUUAGUCUCAAUUUUGCUCUCUUCACAUCUCCAUCACCUGUGUUCUUGGAUUGUCAUUUACAAUACAAGAAAUAUUUUUGAUGCACUUUUGGAUACUAUUUAUGCCACACUCAAAAGGUCUAAUGGGGGUUCUUUGGAUGUUGUUGUAUCUGAGAGUGGUUGGCCCUCAGCUGGUGGAAUGGCAGCAACAACUGAGUUUGCUGGGACUUACAAAUUCAAUCUGUUACAGCAUGUGAAGUGGGGGACACUGAAGAAGCCUGGAAGACCAGUUGAAACAUACAUUUUUGCCAUGUUUGAUGAGAAUAACAAAGAGCCAGAAUUUGAGAAACACUGGGGGCUUUUUCUUCCGAACAUGCAGCCUAAACACAAGUCCCGUACAACCCCAAUAGUCCCACCAAGCUCUGAUAUUGAAGACCCAGAAAUCUUUGGACUUGCUCCCAAUGGAACAUUUGAUCCUUUUCCCCCCAAAGGAAGUAAGAAGCGGACAGCGAUACUGGUAGGGAUAGCCAUUGGAGGUGCUGUAAUUUCUGGCCUAGGUUUUACUUUGUUUAUUUUUUGGAGGAAGGGUAAAAAAAAAAAUGGAAUUACCUGUUCUUGCUUUUCAUAUAUUGAUUGACAAUGGAUAUUAUGGAAAUGGCAUGGGACCUAGGGAGUUCAAUUAUGAUGAAUUGGCUAAAACUACAAAGAGUUUUGCAGAUGAAGAAAAGCUAGGCAAGGGAGGGUUUGGAGCAGUUUAUGAGGGUUUCUUGAGGGAUUCAAAUACAAAUGUUGCAGUUAAAAGGGUUUCAAGAAGCUCUAAACAAGGGAUCAAGGAGUACAUGUUGGAAGUGAAGAUUAUUAGUCAAUUGAAGCACAAGAAUUUAGUGAAGCUCAUAGCUUGGUGCCAUGAAAAGGAACUUUUACUUGUUUAUUUAUUAGUACAUGUCCA